AAUGAAUGAAGUCUUUCAAGUUUUGGCUUCUUCAAACGUUUUAUAUCUCUCCCUCUCUCUCACUGUCAUUACAUACUCAAAUCCCACAUCGCUCAACACCAAAGGCGCAAUGGCACCACCUUCAUUCUUCUUCGUUUUCUUUUUCAUCUUAAUAUUCUCAUGCACCAGCGCCACCACCACCCAACAACAGCGUUUCAAAGAAGCUCCAAAAUUCUACAACUCCCCCACGUGCGCCACCCUCCGCCACCACCCGAACCCAAACCACACGUGCCCCGACAACGCUGUCCACGUGGCAAUGACCCUCGACGUUUCCUACCUCCGAGGUUCCAUGGCCGCAAUCCUCUCCGUUCUGCAACACACCUCAUGCCCCGAAAAUGUGAUCUUCCACUUCGUCACCGCAGCUUCUAAAUCUUCCUCCGCCGCAAAGCUAAACCAAACGCUAACCACCUCCUUCCCCUACCUGAAUUUCCAAAUCUACCCCUUCGACGACGACGCCGUUUCGCGCCUCAUCUCCACCUCCAUCCGCUCAGCACUGGAUUGCCCCCUCAACUACGCAAGAAGCUACCUCUCCACCCUCCUCCCUCCCUGCGUCGCGAAAAUCGUCUACCUCGACUCGGACUUGAUCCUCGUCGACGACAUCUCGAAGCUCGCGGAGACACCGCUCUCUGGCACGGCGGUGCUCGCCGCGCCGGAGUACUGCUCCGCGAACUUCUCGGCGUACUUCACGCCCUCGUUCUGGUCCAACCCCUCGCUGUCGCUUGUCCUCGCUAACCGCCGGAGGCCACCGUGCUACUUCAACACGGGCGUAAUGGUGAUCGACCUCCGGCAAUGGCGCGAGGGCGAGUACACGACCGAGAUCGAGGAGUGGAUGGAGCUGCAGAAGAGGAUGCGGAUCUACGAGCUCGGCUCACUGCCGCCGUUCCUGCUGGUGUUCGCCGGGAGAAUUGCGGCGGUGGACCACCGGUGGAACCAGCACGGGCUCGGCGGAGAUAACUUCCGCGGGCUUUGCCGAGACCUUCACCCCGGGCCCGUGAGCCUGCUGCAUUGGAGUGGCAAAGGGAAGCCGUGGGCCAGGCUUGACGCCGGCAGGCCUUGCCCUUUGGACGCAUUGUGGGCUCCCUACGAUCUGCUCGAGACUCGUUUCGCUGCUCUUCAAGCGUAAAGACUAAAGAGUGUCCUAGCAUUUCUCAUUCUUUUUUAGUUUCAUAAACAAAAUUCAAAUAUACUUUUUUUUCAUGCCUUAAUUAAUUGAUGAGAGGGUUAUACUAGGGUGAAAUGUGAUUUUUUAUUCUGUAAAUAUGGUUAAAUUUGGAUUUAA